AUGAAAGCUCGAGAUGCUAGGCUCCGUCUUCUCGUCGCAUCCACCGGACCGCGUGACACCUCAUGGGCGCAGGCGCUCGUCGUGCGGCUGUCCAAGCACCCGCAGAUCGAGGCAAGGGCUAUUGUAGACGACGUGGUCCCUAGACUGACGCAGACAAUCAUCGUGAUGGGAAACCAGAGCUUGACCCUGGGUCAGGGCCAGCGCACCGACGACAUCGAGUUCUACAGGCAGCAAGCCUACGAGCUGGUCGAGUGGGCGGACCUCAUGGUCUGCGUUCCGCUGGACGCCGACGCCAUCGCCAAGAUGCUCGCAGGCAUUGCCGACACGCUUCUGGGCGAAGUCCUUAGGGGCUGGGACACUCGCAAGAACGUCGUCUUGGUGCCGGGCAUGAGCACUCACAUGUGGGCGAAUCCAACGACAAAGUGCCAACUGAACAAACUGCAUCGGAAAUGGAGUUGGAUCCGGGUCAUGGCCCCGAUAUUGUGGCACUAUGAGGGAACGCUCAACCCGAGGCGAGUUCUGACCUGGAACGGCUUUAACGGGGUCCUGGACAUGAUCAAAAACCAGGCAGACUUGUUGGGUCUGGGACGUGAUGCGGAGAUUGCAGCGGGCCCGGGGAUGGCAUUCCUUGAUAGCCGCAGCCCCGGCGACAAGAUCAAGGCGAGGCUGCCGCCCGAGAUCUGGACCGUCGUGCUCGAUUUCGCGGGCGACUGGGAGCUGGCGCAGGCACUUGGCAUCUACACCAACCUGCCUGUGCCGCAGUCUUGGUGCCUGGCGUCCAAAGACUCGGGCGACCCCCUCAAGGUCUACGAGCAUGAGCUCGAGUGGACCGUCUUGGCGGGCAGCGCGACGGCUGCCUGCAAGAAGCUGUCGCAAUCACCGCCCAACUUCCAGGACCUGUCUGCCCUAGUUGUCAAGCUCGUCAUACGAUUCGCCCUCACCGAGGUGUUGGAGUUCAUGGAGGUCAAUCGGCCGGACCUGUUCAGAGUGUUUGACGGGACGGUUCUGCCGACUAACGCCUCGGCCCAUUACCCGCGGGUGGACGUUUUGGAGUACUGGAGGAAGAGCAAAUGGUUCCGCGGCAAGCGUGUCUACGACGCGGAAGCGGUCGACGGGGCCUCGAGGAACGGCCACGUGUGGGUACUGGACUGGUGGUGGCGCCGGUCCGGCUUGCCUCUGCGGUACACGGAGACGGCUCUGGAGCAGGCUAGCGGCAGAGGCCAGCUGCCGGUGCUCGAGUGGUGGCGCGACGCCGCGGCGCAGGACCAGCAGAUUGUGCUGCGGCCGGGACGCUCGCUGCUGUGGGCCACGCAGCAUGGCCAGGCCGAGGUUCUUCGAUGGUGGGACGGCUCGGGCAUACCCGCGGCGCACGGCGAGGGCGUGGCAAAGACGGCCAGCCGAUGGGGACGAGUCGACGUGCUCGAGACGUGGCGGCGGCUACAGGGAGAGGGGAAGCUCUUCUUAGACGCCGAGGCGCUCGUCAGCGCGACCGUCCACCAGCAUAUCGAGGUGCUCGAGUGGUGGCGCAGGUUCGCGCAAGGUGAGUUGGAGGGCAUGGACGGGCGGAAACAGGCAGUCGAUUUCCGCGCUAGCAACAUGGAAGAGGUUCUCGAGGACAGCAGCGGCUCCGAAAGCAGGGCAAGGAGGUGGUGGGCGCAACACGGUCAGGACCUCGGGAUGAGGAGGAAGCAGACGCAGCUCCAGACAAGGUAG